UAAGGUCUUGUGCAGAUCUGCGAAUCCUUUGGCUGUUUCUUGCAUCCGGUGAAUACAAACGGGAAUUGGAUCUUGUUCUCGCCGACUGCAUUCACCGGUUUCAAUCUGCGGGAUUGAAAAAUUUACUAUCUGGCUUUGAGAUCUACCCAGAAUUGUAGGCUGUGCAUAUAAGGCGUCCGAAUUUCCUAUCACCAGUCAAUAUAACCGGCAAUUGGAAAUCUUGGCAUAGCCAAUUGUAAGCCACCAUUUCAAGGACAAGGUACAGCACAACAAACCUAAUGUCAGCAUGUGUGCAACUCACCUUGUGAGCAAAAAGCUUGAUAAGAGCUACUGAAGUGCUGUUUCCAUGAAAUAGGUUCUAUGAUAUAUCGGUACCUCCUAUUUUCUCACCUCUUUAGUAGAAGUCACUGCCACAAUCAAGCCAUGGAAAACGCAGUGUCAGCACCUGGUGGAUUGGCCGAGUCUGAAUAUGCACGUCCUGUCAACCGAUUUGCUCGCCGUAGCCGAAAACCCCGUCCAGUUCCAGACCAAAAUGAACCGGAAGAAACAGAGAACAUCGAUGAAUCGAGCUUAUCAAAGGAGCAAAAUGAUGGUGUCGAGCAUGGAAUGUUUUUGGAGAGUAAAGAUCUCUACCGGUCGAAUCCCCGCCAAGAGUGGACGGUGUGGUCACCCGAUGAUCUUGAGAAUGGUUCACAAGCCACAGCUUCAGAGAAGUUUGCGCUUAUUAUCAAGCGGGAGAGGAUUCAGCAAGAAGAUGGCUCUGUAGGGCUCAGCCUCCACUCCUUACAAGUGCAGAGCCCACUUAUCAGGGAAAUGCUUAGUUCUGUCUUCGGUGGUUAUCCGGGAAUAAACACCAACCUCAAGAAGCUUCAAUUCAACGCCCCCUUCAGAGAGUUCUACUACAGAUGGCGGGAAUUUUCUAUAGCCUCGAAAAACUCGAAGGCUGAUGAGAUUACAGCCGCACACUUUGCUUUGCUUUUCGAUAUCAUCUCGGCACAGAUAUUGCCACAUAUCGACGUGGUCAAAGACCUGAUGCUCAACAACGCCAUCACUUACGACUACCUUUGGGCUUUAUUUGAACCAGGAAUGGAAGUUUAUUCUGUUAUGGAUAAACAACAUCGGCUAUAUCGCUUGCUAAGCACCGACUACGUGACGGGCAGGGACGGUACAAAGUACUUUCGUCUAACCUGUCAACAUAUCGACACAGACGGAACAAGAUUCGGCUAUGUUACAACAAACCUAUCAAUUGGCAGUUUUGCAGAUGUUCUUCCCACUACCAGUCUUCAAGUGCUCCCAGCAUAUCUGAAACCUGGCAUUGACGAAAUACGUACUAGACUUCGGCAGAGAGGAAAGGCGUUUGAGAGUCUACGGGGUUGCCACUAUAAAUCUUACUCUGGCGACUAUAAGCUAGCCCAGGCUUCUUUUGGAAGAGCACCAGUGCAGACGAUUGAAGAUGGCCGUAUAAUAGUCGAUUGCGAGAUGUUCUGCAGAUAUAACCGCAGUUUUGAGAAACGACUCGAUGCAUUGGACGAGCCCAUAUCUACACAUCAGAACAAGGCAUUUGGAUCGGCCCUAGGUAUCGGCGAACAUGAUGAUGAUUCCGACCUAUCCGGUGCUCCACCAGCCUACCAGAUACUGGUUCACUCUUUGAGGGAAUCAAGACGGCGUCAAUCUGACACUACGCUCUCCGAUGAACACUAUGUAUUUUGUACGGCGACGGUACAUGGUUUCUGUUUGCGCUCAAAACAAUGGGUGACGUUCAAUGUCGACAAUGUUAAAGAGAUUAUCUGGAACAAGGAAGCGUUCGAUCGCUUAUCUCUCCCACACGACUAUAAGCGCCUUAUUCGGGGAUUGGUUCAUACGCAAUUGAAUGCUAACGAUAGUUUUGACGAUGUUGUGAGUGGAAAAGGGCGAGGCAUUGUCAUGCUUCUUAGCGGUGAACCUGGCACCGGAAAGACACUCACAGCUGAGUCAGUUUCAGAGGUGAUGCGUAGGCCGUUAUACUCUAUGGCAGCCGGCGAGCUCGGCGACACCGCAGAUGCUGUUGAAAACAACUUACAGCGUGUCCUAGAGACUUCGACAAAGUGGAGCGCCGUCCUUCUCCUCGAUGAGUGUGACGUGUUCUUGGAGAAAAGAUCCAUAGACUCCGUCCACAUGCAGCGUAACAAAAUUGUUUCGGUAUUCUUGCGGCUUCUGGAAUAUUACCAAGGUGUUAUGCUCUUAACCACCAACCGGGUUGACUCCUUUGAUCCAGCUUUCGAAUCGCGCAUCCAUUUGACAAUAGACUUCCCAAAGCUCGAUUUCCAGUCUCGAUUACAGGUGUGGCGUACUUUCGUACGGCCUGGAAAUACGGAAUCAAAUUACGCUAGUGACUUGAGCCAUGCAGAGAUUGAAAAGCUUGCUCUUGCUGAAAUGAACGGGAGGCAAAUCAGAAACAUUGUAAAAACAGCAAGACUGCUAGCCGCCGGCGAGCAAAGUCGCCUUGCUCUGGGACACAUCGAAGCUGUCUUGAGAGUCAAGCAAGGGGUUGGUGCACAGCUUGACGUAGACAUGCGUGGCAGCGGAGAAGAAGAGGACAGUUUGGUAUAG